UUACGUCUAAAACAGACGACGAAAGAAAGAUAGAACUAGCCAGAAAUACAAAAUAACUAAAUAAAAAGCGUUAAACUACGCUGCUAAACAACUACUUCGUUUACAAGACAUCGAAAUGAACAAGUCAGCGCUUCUAUUUUUGCUUCUCGUCGGACUCAUUGUCCUUAGCGAAACCACUGAAGCGAGAACAGCUUUUUUCCGUCGUCGGCAUAGCUUUUUCAGACGUCGGCGUAGCCAAUCCCGACGUCGCCAGUUUAGCCAUUUCAGACGUCGCUAUUCUGGUGGUAUUCGUCGCUACGACGAAAUAACUGAGAACGACGGCAGCUGCCAAAAUCGGAACAUUACAGCAGCGAGAGAAAUUAAUAGGCCAUGCAGAAAAAGGUGUACACCAGGAGAUAACCGUUGCAGAAAUCGAAAAGUCUGUCUCUGUGACCACGAAUGCGGGUAUUCGUGUAUUAAAACUGAUAAUUUCUGUGACGAACCGCCACGAAUUGAUAAUGCUCGUCAUACCGAAAAGUCCAGAAUUGGCGAAACUGCACUGUUAAGCGGCCCAUACCGUUACAAUGACCGUGCAAGAUAUAUAUGCGAUGCAGGCUUUACAUUAGUACAAGAUGGUAACCAUAUGUGCCAUGGUAGAAGGGGAUGGACAGGCACUUCUAUAUGUGCACUUUCUUGUCCAACAUCUAGUACAAGGGGAACAUCUUGUAGUCAAAACUGCGUUACAAAUGAAGACUGCUCAUCUGGUCUGCAAUGCCUAUGUGAUGGUAACUGUGGGCGUACAUGUGUUAACCCAGUUAUAAACUGUGGUGAAGCCCCUCAAGUGAGAAAUGCGACACUACAGUACACAGGAGAAGGGUUAGGUCGUGUAGCAAACUACAUCUGCGAUAGUGGCUUCUACAGAUCAAGUGGAAGCUAUGCUAGGAGAUGCACAGGUGCUGGCACUUGGGAUGGAACUUCUCCUACUUGCACAAGAGUAACAUGUGGAGAUCCUUUGCCCUCAAUAGAACACACCGGCGGCCAUAUUUUGAAUUGGGUACCAGGCCCUUAUUUUGUUGGUCAUGAGUUUACUUUUGACUGUGGAUCAUAUAGACUUAUAGGAUCACGGGUUAGGAGUUGUCAAAAUAAUGGCCGAUGGAGUGGCGUGCCUACUGUUUGUGACAAUCGGCACACAGAUGACAACACUCAUUGUCCCCACCCCGGUGUACCGAUACAUGGUUACUUGCGCAGUACUGGCAAUUAUGUUGUUGGCAGCAUAGUGGAAUAUGUUUGUGACCAAGGAUAUUCUUUAAUUGGUAAAAGACAGCAAGAGUGUUUGUAUUUUCUGCAGUGGAACGGCGACGGCGCACCGUUUUGCGUAGAUCCUAGAUACCCAGACACCUCGAAUGACGUAAUUUCGAUGUUGUCUCGAAACACGCAACGUAUUAGAGCUACUGUGGUUGGGCCCAAUGUUGGGAGAUUUAUUUCUGCGGGCCACAGCGCUGGCCAUGAAAUAUACUUUGUAAUUGACCUUUCGAGAAGCAUUUCUGCAGAUGAUAUUAAAAAUUGUAUAAUGUUUGCUGAAAAACUAGUAGAAAGGUUAUCAGCAAAUGCUACUGGAGCAAUUGAAUAUGGUAUUGUAGUGUUUGCUUCAGAGCCAGAAAUCAUAUUGGACACUAGAAAUGACCAGCCUACACCAGAAACUGUUAUACAACUGCUCAGAAAUGUGUCUUUGGAUUUGGAAAAUAUUCGCGGUCGUAUCCGAUUUGGAACUCAUACUGUUGCUGCAAUAAGAUUAGUCAAAGAAAUGAUGGGAGUUUCAUACAGAGAUGACGGAAGAAGAGAAAGAAAACGACACUGCUUUUUUCUAACAGAUGGAAGACAUAAUGAAGGCCUAGACCCUACUACUGCCGUGAGACGUAUACUAAUAGAGUUUGUUGAAAAUCCUCCAGAGUUUUACAGUGUCACAUCAUGCAAGGAUUGCUCUUCAACUUUAGUUGCUGGCAACACUGCUUAUGACGAACUUUUGGGUCUUGCAAAUAAUAAAGUGGAAAAUUUUGUAAAAAUUUCUGAUUUUUAUUCACUGCAAAAACUACUGGACCAAGUGACAGAUGCCCAAAUAGAUUACAGCAAGUGUGGGCAGUCUGGCGAUAUUAGUAGUAUAACAUCUAGAGCACAAGUUGGACGCGUUUUAGGAGGUCGUAGAGCUCUCGACAGGUCCUGGCCUUGGCAGGGUACAGUUACAAAACACCUUGCAAAAGUUUCAAAGACAUAUGGCGCUCGUGGGUUGCUGGGAGGGGGAACACUGGUAAAUAAUCGUUGGGUCAUCACUGCUGCCCAUCUCUUCAAUGAUAUAGCUUUUGACGAUCUAGUUUACUCAAUUCUGGUGACUUUAGGGUUGUAUAAAAGACCUAGAGCUCCUUCUGACCGACUACCUUCAGUUGUUAAAAUUUUCCAGCCAGCAAGAGUCAUAAUUCACCCUGAUUUUGAUUUUGACACUUAUGAUUAUGAUAUUGCUUUAAUCCAACUUGGGCAAGAAAAACAACAAAGAGGGGACCGUUGGAUUAAUGUUCCGAAUAGUUUUGGUUGGGUGAAUUAUACUGAAUAUGUACGUCCAGUUUGUCUUCCAUGCUAUCCUAAUGGCGUGCCAGAGUUUUUGAGAAAAGUCGUGUCUGGACCAGUUUUAACCGGUUUAGAAAAUGUGAACCAAACGUGCAGAAUUGAAGGCAACUGGCUUAGAGAUAAAAGCAGGUCACAAAAUCUUGCUGUUGUAACUGGAUUUGGACACGAAAACGAAAGACGACCAGGUUCUAUGGCGCAAGUCAGACCUGCUUUGUACCUUAAGCAAGGAAUUUUGAAACUAGAAGCUGAUGCCAGAUGUAUUGCUGCUACUACAAGAAUGAACAAUAUCCAAACUUACACCACGCGCAUGUUAUGUGCUAUAGGGGCGCAUAAUACACCAGAUUUGGUAGUCGAUGCGUGUCAAGGGGACAGCGGAGGUCCUAUAGUACGCCAGGUAUAUGAUCCAGAAACAAGAACCAGUAUGUGGGUUCAGAUUGGAAUUGUCAGCUGGGGCUGGGGUUGCGGACAAAACUACAGUUUACAUGGCAUAACAUAUUACUACCCUGGAUAUUAUACUGACGUUUUUAAGCUAUUACACUGGAUUAAAAAUUUCAUUUAAAAAAAUAAAAUUUUAAAUUAAAAAUGACUUAAUUUUUUUACUUGGAAUAGAUUGAAUAUAUUUCAAAUUUGUUUUAAAACUGUUUGAAAUAAAAAGAUGUUGCUUUGAAGG